CUAUCAAUUAUUUGAGAGAGACUAUACUUUCAGCAAUCAACAUUCACAACCCAAGCAAGCAAUUAUUUGAGAGUGACGAGACCUACUCAAACUCUCUUUCUUUCCCUAAUUUUAUUAUUUCAGAAACGUUGAGACAAGAAAGAUGGCAUACGCAGGUGUCCAGAUGUUCAUGGACAAGUUGAAUCAGCUCAUCAACUGCAACGACAACCCACUGAUCAACAUCCAUUCAAUUAUAUAUGCAAGGCCUCAAUUCCAGAUUCUCUAUGAAGAGCUUGGCUCCAUGAUUCAAACCCUUUUCAUCGACCAACAUCAAGACCUCCAAAAACUCACUGAUCUGAAGAAAAGAUUCAUAUACGCAGCUGAAGAGGCAGAGUAUAACGUCGAUCUGUUUCUAUCCGGUGUUCACAUUAGGAAUAAUGGCCACUUCCCUACAUCUGAGGACUUUAAACGCUCCCUAAAUCUUGAUGAUGUUAUGACAUCAUUCAAGUCUCUCCAGGUAGAAUUCAUGAGUUUGAACAAGAAGAUAGAUUCAUCUCCAAGACCCAAAAGAACAGUAAAUCAAUCUGCUCCUGCUCCAAUUUCCUUCUCCGGAAAUUCACAAAGAUCAAAGAAAUUAUUGGACGAAAUCUUCGUGGCGCUUGAUCGAGAUGCUGAGCUGAUAAUAAAAAGGCUUGUGGAAUAUCGAAAGAAGGUAGAUGUUGUCUCUAUUGUAGGUAUGGGCGGAAUAGGAAAGACUACCCUGGCGACCAAAGUAUUCAAUGAUGCUUAUGUUAAGUAUCAUUUCGACGUCAUUGCAUGGGUCACCGUUUCUCAAACGUAUGAUAAGCGGGCUGUGUUGACUCGGAUUCUGAAAUCCAACCAUGCUCAACUAGACCUUGUAAAGGCAAGUGACUGUCAACUUCAUGAACUGGUGCACAGACACCUAAUAGAUCAGAGAUAUUUGAUUGUCAUUGAUGAUAUAUGGGAUAAAGAAACAUGGGAUAACCUGAAAUCACUUUUCCCCGGUAGAAACAAUGGAAGUCGAAUUCUGCUCACGAGUCGCAUCACUGAAGUUGCCAAGCAUGCAAGUUCAGAUGGAUUUAUUCAUCACUUAAGAUAUUUGAACAAAGAUCAAAGUUGGCAGUUGCUGUGUCAGAAGGUGUUCCAGGGCGAUGAGUGCCCUGAAUGGUCGAUUAAACCGGGUAUGCGAAUAGUAGAACAUUGUCAUGGAUUACCACUUGCGUUGGUUGUCAUUGCAGGAGUACUAGCAAAACAUUCUUGGAGUGAAAAGUUUUGGGUGGAAAUUGCUGAUAGGGUGGAUUCGUACAUUGUUGGUGACCAGGAUGGUUGUGUGGAAAUAUUAGCUUUAAGUUACAAUCAUCUUCCUCUGCACUUGAGAGAGUGCUUUCUUUAUCUUGGUGGCUUCCAUGAAGACUACAAGUUUCAAGUAAAGAUUUUGAUCCGGUUAUGGGUGGCUGAGGGGUUUAUUCAACAAACUGGAAAUCAAAGCUUGGAAGAUAUUGCAGAAGGUUACCUAAUGGAUCUAAUUGACAGAAAUCUUGUAAUUGUAGACAGGUGGAAGUCAAAUGGAGCUGUCAAAGCAUGUAAAAUGCAUGACCUUGUUAGGGAGCUCUGCUGGAAAAAAGCCAAGGAAGAAAGAUUCAGCCUUACAAUAGAGCAUCCAAUGUUGUUCCAUCUUUAUGAUGUUAUUACACCAUCAUAUAAGCCCACAGUCCGCGUGUUCAUGAAUACAAAAUACAUUCCAGUCAUUCCUUGUCUGUCUACCCAAAACCUUCGAUCGCUCUUUUUUGGUUAUUUCACGUUGUAUAGUGACGAUAUUGCAAGGUAUUUCCGUUUCUUCAUGCUACUUAGGGUGUUAGAUCUAGAAACAUACAAAUUGGAUGAAUUUCCCAAGGGCAUGGAAUUACUAGUUCACUUGAGGUAUCUUAGAAUUUGCCAUUCAUCAAAAAAAUUCCCAUCUUCAAUAUGCUAUUUAUGGAAUCUUCAAACCCUCAUUUAUUUUACAAAAGAUAGCGAUACAGUAGUUAUACCCGGUAACAUAUCGGAUAUGGUAAAUCUAAGGCAUUUGUGCAGUUAUCGUCCUUUUCCCGGAUUUAGAGUGAAGACGUCAUUUUAUCUUCAAUCCAUCGAAAAGCCAAUGAAUUUGCAAGCGAUUUCAAAUGUUGAAUUGGGGGAUGGGGUAGAUAAUUUUCAAAAGUGUUUUCCCUACAUUAAGGAACUUACAUGUACUACUUACUCAGUUGAACAAAAUGACUUCAAAUCUCUCACCUACCUUGAAAAGCUCGAUUUAACUUGCCGUGGCGAAAUAAAGAAUCCCAUUACAUUCCCAACAACAUUGAAAAGACUUACAAUACGUGGUUGUGAUCUACCGUGGAGUGAUAUGUCAAUCAUUCAGUCAUUACCCAAUCUCCAGGUUCUUAAACUAGGACGCAUUUCAUUUUCUGGAACCUGCUGGAACACAGCUGAGCAUGUGUUUCCACAACUAAAGUUCUUGAGACUUGAGGGUUUAAAUAUCAAACUGUGGGAAGCCUAUAGUAGAAGCUUCCCAUGUCUGAAACAUUUAGAAGUUAUCCGCUGCUAUAAUCUUGAAGAGAUCCCCCUAGAAAUUGGGGACAUACCAACCCUUGAGCUUAUUAUAAUCAAUAAGUGUAGGCAGUGUGUUGGUGAAUCUGUUAGAAGAAUUCAAGAAGGGCAACGUGAUUUGGGAAACUACGACCUAAAGAUUAAUGUUUUAGACGAUACACGAAAUUCUUAA